AUGGCUGCUCCAAGAACAACUUUGGCAACAACAACUGCUGCUCCAACAACAACUACUGCUGCAACGACUGUGGGGACAACAACGACAGCUGCCCCAACAACUACGGCUGCAACAACAACAACAACUGCUCCAACAACAACUGCAGGAACAACUGCUGCUGUAACAACGACCACUGCUCCAACAACAACUACUGCCCCAAUAACAACAACUGCGAUGGCAACAACAACAGCUUCUCCAACAACAACAGCUGUGACAACAACUGCUGCUCCAACAACAACUACUGCUGCAAAGACUGUGGAGGCAACAAUGACGGCUUCUCCAACAACUACUGUUGCAACAACAACAGCUGCUCCAACAACAACUUUGGCAACAACAACUACUGCUCCAACAACUACUGCUGCAACAACAACAACAGCUGCUCCAACAACAACUACUGCUGCAACAACUACUGUGAAGGCAACAACAACAGCUGCCCCAACAACUACAAUUAUGAUUGCAACAACAACAACUUCUCCAACAACAACACCUGUGGCAACAACUGCUGCUCCAACAACUACUGCUGUGACGACUGUGGGGAGAACAACGACAGCUGCUGCAACAACGACUACUACUGUGACAACAACAACUGAGAUGGCAACAAUUCCUGCUCCAACAACAACUACUGCUGCAACAACUGUGGGGGCAACAACGACAGCUGCUCCAACAACUACUGUUGAAACAACUACAACAGCUGCUCCAACAACAACUGCGGGAACAACUGCUGCUGUAACAACGACCACUGCUCCAACAACAACUAAUGCCCCAAUAACAACAACUGCGAUGGCAAAAACAACAGCUUCUCCAACAACAACAGCUGUGGCAACAACUGCUGCUCCAACAACAACUACUGCUGCAACGACUGUGGGGACAACAACGACAGCUACUGUUGCAACAACUACAACUACUGCUCCAACAACUACUGCUGCAACAACAACAACAGCUGCUCCAACAACAACUUUGGAAACAACAACAGCUGCACCGACAACUGCUGUUGAAACAACAACAGCUACUCCAACAACAACAAUUGCUCCAAAAACUGCUGUUGCACCUACCACAACAGCUGCUCCAACAACAACUGCGGGAGCUUCUGCUGUAACAACGACCACUGCUCCAACAACAACUACUGCCUCAAUAACAACAACUAUGGUGGCAACAACAACUGCUGCUCCAACAACAACUACUGCUGCAAUGACUACUGCGACAACAACAGCUGCUCUAACAACUUCUGCUGCAUCAACAACAACAGCUGCUCCAACAACAACUUUGACAACAACAACAGCUCUGCUCCAACAACAACUGCGGGAGCUUCUGCUCUGCUCCAACAACAACUUUGGCAACAACAGCUUCUCCAACAACUACUGCUGCAACAACAACAACAACUGCUGCAACACGUCUGGCAGCAACAAGUUUGGCAGCAACAACAACAGCCACCCCGACAACUACUGCAACAACAACGACUGUGGGGGCAACAACAACUGCAAUACCCACAACAGCAACAGGUGUGGCUACAACUACUACUGCUGCAACAACAACUGCAGUACCAACAACAACGGCUGCCCCAACAACAACAGCUGCUGCAACAACAGUGCCAGCAGCAACUCCUGGAACAACAAUUGA